AUGGGCGAUGAAGGUAAACGUUCUACUCAUAAGCACAGUCACAACCAUAAGAGUGGCGACCAUGAACACAAGAGCAAGAAGCGUCACCGACGUGAUGGCCCUGAAGAGAGCCGAAAGCAUAAGAAACGGAAGGGCAAGUCGGGAGAUAAGCUCGGCAUUGUUGAUGACGACAUAGACGACGAGGACAUGUGGGUGGAGAAGAAUAUUGAUAUGGAGGGUGAACGUGCGCUUGCAAGCGACAUACCUACCGGCGAAAGUUUGAAGUUGACGUCCCGCGCCUACUCUAGACCUGAUGAUCCUGCUUUAGCACCUUCGCGAGUGACCGAAUCCUCUCUGAAGCGCGAUGACUGGAUGCUUGAACCAAUGUCUUCUCAGGUUACAGUGGUCGCAGAGAAACCACGUCUUCAACUGCCAACAGGUGACGAAUCUCUCACGGAGGAGUAUGGUGAAGCCUCUCAAAAUGCAAGAAACCUCGGAGGCAGCGUCGAUUUCUUCUCAGCUAUGGGCACAGAGAAACCAAAAAGGCCACAUCCGGAUCGCCCGAACCUUGACCAGCUUCACAUAAGCUCAAGAGAGCUGAAUGUUGGAUUGAAAGAGGGCAGAUCACUCGCAGAACAUACAGAACCUUCCGCGUCCAAGUCCACCAUUCCGGGUGGCCCAGGCUCACAGUGGCGCAUGAUGCGCCUUCGACGCGUUUUCGAGACAGCAGAGGAGGAGAAUCGCCCUAUUGAAGAGGUUGCCGUUGAACGUUUUGGCUCUCUCGAGGCAUAUGAACAGGCGAAAGAGGAGCGACGGAUUCUUGACGAACGAGAGGGUCGCAGGGCUGAGCGGGGACGGGGUCAGGGUAACGAGCGCGAGCGAGGUCGUGAUGGUCUGGGACGAGGUGGAGAGAGGGGAUUUAUGUUCAAUGACUUAGGCGGAAGUGGGACGUCCAGCCGAAGCUCAAGCUUCAGACGGCCAGGAGGCCUUGGAGACAGCACCCCUUCGACUCCUACGCCAUACGCAGCUCCUCCCGCUCGUCAGCGCUUUGACUCGCUACGCUUGCCAUCCCAGAGCGGUACGCCCAGCGCACAGGCGCACACUCCCAUCCCAUCAGUCAUGACACCACAAGUCGCAUCUACAUCGAAGGGACGUGCUCUCUCUCCUUCGUCACUCAAUAAGCUACAGGCGAAAGUUCUACGCGCUAAGUUGAUGAGUGCCCCAAAUGCAGAAACACUCGAGAAAGAAUAUGAAGAGGAGGUCAAGAAGGCAAAUGGAGGCAGCGUUGAAAGCAAUGAUGGCGUGCGGACACGCGUGGAAGUCUUGCCUACUCUUGAUGGUCGAGGACGGAUGUAUGAUGUUGGUUAUGGCAAGGAUGAUGGGCCGGCUCAGCCAGGAAAUCGAAAGAAGAAGGACAAGGUGGAGACGCGCGAUCCAAAGACUGGAGAACUAGUGAGAUACAAUGCCGACGACGACACCCAGACGUUGGGCGACCUUCUUCGACAGGAGAAGUUCGGCGCCGGUAUCGCAGACCAAAAGAAUUUGGAUAUGCAAUUCGCAAAAUCCAUUAUGUCGGACAGCGGAUUUAAGAACGAUCUGGAGUAUAUGGACGAUAAUGCUGAACGUCUCGGCCGACAAAAGAUGCGGUCCGACGCCAUGAAGCGUCAAUUUGCUAUUAAUGACUAUAAACGGACUCAGAAAGCGUUGGCCUCGUGUCCUUUCUGUUACGGAGAAGAUGACUCUCUUCCAAAAGCUCCUAUCGUUGCCCUAGGAACAAGGGUCUACUUGUCUUGCACCUUACAGGAAGAGCUUGUACCUGGACACUGCGUCAUCGUGCCUAUCCAACAUCAUUUGACCAUGCUGGAGGGGGACGACGAUGUCUGGGAUGAAGUGCGAAAUUUCAUGAAGAGUAUCAUGCGUAUGUAUGCCGAAGAGGACAAAGGAGUGAUCUUUUACGAGACUGUAAUCACUCUCAAGUGGCAGAAGCAUUCGUACAUUGAAUGUGUGCCUGUUCCUUGGGAACAAUUCGAUGUUCUUCCUGGCUACUUCAAGGAAUCUAUCGUGAUGAGCGAGGCCGAAUGGUCACAGCAUAAAAAAGUGAUUGAUUUCUCCUCGCGUUCCGGGGGCUUCCGCCGUAUGAUGGUUCCGAAUCUCCCGUACUUCAUGGUGCAGUUUGACCACAAGGGAGAGAAGGGGUACGGGCAUGUCAUCGAAGGCAGUGGUGACGGUGGGAAUGAAGAGGAAGAGCCGAUGGACGAGGGGGAAAAGGGAGGCGGUGACUUUCCUCGAUUUUUUGCCAGUGAAAUCAUUGGCAACGUCCUUGAUCUCGAGCCACGCCGGUGGCGACACCCCAGACGCGUCGAUUUCCGACAGAAUCAAGAUCGAGUCGCAAAGUUCAAGAAAAAAUACGAGAUGUAUGACUGGACGGGCAUGAUUGGGCAGCGGUGACGGAAGGGCGCCCUAUCCUCUUCCAGCAUAUCUAUUGUGUCUCCUCCAGACCGACAACACUGUCGUCUUGGUAUAUCAUUUGAGUUGAUAUACUCAGAACUUAUGGCCAAUCUCCAAAAGAUGGUCAUUAUGCUUCAAAAUCC